ACCCAAAAAUGACAAGACCAUCAGCACCUUGCCUCACUGCAGACUACUACACAUACUCCACAUAUUCACAGAGAGAUGACUACUACGGAGGAUUUGAGCCGAAAAACAAUAGCGGCCAGGAGUACAAUCCGUCGUCGGCGCCGAUGAGAAGAGAGCCAGAACAAGGAACAUCUGCCAAGAGUCAGCGGGGAUCUGGCAAAGAGGAGUCCUCAUCUGCCCAUUGUAUUUCCUUCAUCUACUGUGCCCUUGCCAUUAUUGUGAUUGCUUUCAAUGCCUUUAUGUAUUACAAUGGGAUCAGAAACAAGUUUAUCCUAUACGUCUCGGCAGUAAUGGGUGGAAUUGUGCUGACAAGUCUCAUGAUGCACAUUGGUAUCAUCCGCCAGCAGCCAUUUUUCUGCAUUCCAUUCGUUGUUUUAAGAACUCUUGAAACAUUUGUCAGUGCCGUCUUCUUGACGGCUUUUACCUAUGCGCUUAUCAAGCCGGAAAGUGAGCUCUUCAUGUUUUUCCUGCAGUGCACAAAAAUGGGUGCACAACUUGUUUCUACACAUUUCAAGCUGGAUUUGGUAGAUGCCACGUUCCAAUUGUGCAUUGUCGGCUGGUGCCUCUCACUAACAUUCCUCUCAGUCUCCGUCUACGUCUGCCGUGUGGCAUUCCACUGCACAAUGUCAAUCGCUGACCAAGUUCGGUACAAACGUUAUCAGCAACACGUUGGCACGUCCCAGGCACGGUUUGCUGGAGACGAGUUUUAUUGUGCGUAAGGGACCAGGAGUAAUAUUUGAAUUCUGGUGUAAUAUUUUGAGCAUCUCGAAAUAAUAAUUCAUAUUAUAUUAAUUCUAAUGCUUUCCGUCACAUUGUCAAAUACUGGUCUGAUAAAUGUAUUAUUUUUUCUUCCAAUAAAUUUCAUAA